CUCAGUCACCGCGCGAUGUUCAGACUAAGUAAUCGAUUUCCCGCCUUUCUUGGCGGCCUACGCCACGCCUCCUCAGCCGGCGAGGGUCAGCGCACCGCUCUCUACGAUUUCCACGUGCAGAAAGGAGGAAAACUCGUAAACUUUGGUGGCUAUGCUCUGCCCGUUCAGUACUCCGACCAGAGCAUCAUCGCCUCGCACUUGUAUACCCGUCAGGUGGGCUCCAUCUUCGAUGUGUCGCACAUGCUGCAGACGCGAGUUUUCGGCAAGGAUGCAGCCGCCUGCCUGGAGUCUGUCUGCACGGCAGACAUCCUGGGCACUCCCAAUGGCAGCGGCACCCUCACCGUUUUCACCAAUCCAGAGGGCGGCAUUCUGGACGAUCUCAUCGUGAACAAAGUCAGCGAAAAGGAGCUCUAUGUGGUCUCCAAUGCGGCGAUGAAGCAACAGGAUAUGGGAAUCAUGAGCGCUGCUGUGGACAACUUUAAAGCCCAGGGCAAGGAUGUAACCAUCGAGUUUCUAACUCCCACCGAUCAAUCGCUAGUGGCGGCUCAGGGUCCCCAAGUAGCAACCAACCUGUCAAAACUUCUACCAAAGAAUGCCUCCCUGGAGCAACUCUACUUCAUGACCUCCUUUGUCACCACCUUGGCUGGUAUUCCCAAUGUCAGGAUUACAAGGUGCGGCUACACCGGAGAGGAUGGCGUCGAGAUCUCCGUGGAAUCCAGCCAGGUUCGCAAGCUCACAGAAUCUCUACUAGAGAGUGGAAACCUGAAGCUAGCUGGUUUGGGCGCCAGAGAUUCCCUGAGACUGGAGGCGGGUCUCUGUCUUUACGGCAGCGAUAUCGAUGCCAAGACCACGCCUGUGGAGGCAGCUCUCGCCUGGUUAGUGGCUAAGCGUCGCCGUGCUGCCCAAGAUUUCCAAGGAGCUCAGGUGAUUCUUAGUCAGCUGAAGGAGGGAGUGAGCCGAAGACGUUUGGGACUAAAAAUGUUGGGAGCCAAACCGCCACCAGCUCGCGCAGGAGUGGCCAUCUUUAGCCAGGGUCAGCAGGUGGGUCAGGUGACCAGUGGCUGCCCCAGUCCCAGUGCAGGAUACAACAUAGCCAUGGGCUACGUGAGUGAGCAGCUAAAGGCGCCCGGCACCAAAGUGGAGCUCAAGGUGCGAGACAAGCUCUACGAGGCCGAGAUUGUAAAAAUGCCAUUUGUAAAAGCCAAUUACUACAAUAAGCCAAAGAAAUAAAUUUGAAAAUAAAAAAUUUAACUGAA